GAAUAGAAAGUAGCGAUUUGUGUUGAUAAACGGCAUAUGUUAAUAGUAGGAACCAUUUCCGGUGUCCUUUUUAAUGCAUGUGGGCUACGACGUGACCGGGUGAAGGAGUACGGAGUACAUCAUUUGACAGUAGGGACACAUCUGUUAGAUCCAAUGGCACAGAACUUGAAAGAUUUUGCAGGCCGAAUUCCUGCUGGACCCCGGGGGAUGGGCACUGCCUUGAAGUUCCUUAUAGGGGCCGGAGCGCUUGGCUAUGGUGUGAAGGAGUCCAUUUAUACAGUGGAUGGUGGUCAACGAGCAAUUAUUUUCAACAGAAUUGGAGGGAUCCAGCCCAACACUAUACUGGCAGAAGGCUUGCAUUUCAGAUUUCCUUGGAUUCAGUACCCAAUUAUUUAUGACAUUCGGGCUAGACCACGAAAAAUAUCUUCACCAACUGGUUCUAAAGACUUGCAGAUGGUGAAUAUCACUCUGAGAGUGCUGUCACGUCCAAAUGCAGUCAGCCUUCCUGCUAUGUACCAACGCUUGGGCCUGGACUAUGAUGAGAGGGUGUUGCCCUCCAUUGUCAACGAAGUUCUUAAGAGUGUGGUUGCCAAAUUCAAUGCUUCACAGCUUAUCACACAGCGAGCUCAGGUCUCUCUCCUAAUUCGCCGAGAGCUAACUGAGCGAGCCAAGGACUUUAACAUUAUCCUUGACGAUGUUGCCAUUACUGACUUGACGUUUAGUAAAGAAUACACAGCCGCUGUUGAAGCCAAGCAAGUGGCUCAACAGGAAGCACAGAGGGCUCAGUUCUUGGUGGAGAAGGCUAAACAGGAGCAAAAACAGAAGAUUGUGCAGGCAGAGGGAGAAGCUGCAUCUGCUAAAAUGAUUGGAGAGGCUCUGAACAAAAAUCCUGGUUACCUGAAGUUGCGUCGCAUUCGAGCUGCCCAGAGCAUUGCAAAAACGAUUGCAUCGUCUCAAAAUCGUGUGUACCUUACAGCUGAUAAUCUGGUGCUCAACCUACAGGACUUGGGCUUCACGAGGGGCAGUGACUACUUAGAAAAACAGAGCAAAAAAUAAAUGAAAGAAGAAAAGAUGUGUCCGAGAUGGAGUCCGCAUUCUGAAAACAGCUGUGCCGAGUGGAAAAAGUGUCAAAUCAGCAUCCAACCCUCAAGAAACGGCACAACAUUCUUAGAAAUACAUAUGUAUAAAUAUAAAUAUCUGUAAUUCCAAUGUGUUUAUAUUUUGUACUUGAUUUUUCUCAUCUUUAAAAACUACUAAAAAGAUUUAAUAUUGAAA